GUAGAGCAUGAAAAGAGAAGAAGCAUAACACAGAAGCAGAGUAGAGAGGAGAGGAUUUUAAGCUAAUUCCCAGCUCAAAAAUCUCAAAAAAAUCUCAAAAAUGCCACUCAGCAGGAUCGCGAUCGGGACUACACAUGAGGUGCGCCAUUCAGGCGCCCUGAAAGCCGCACUGGCCGAGUUCGUGUCGACACUUAUCUUCGUCUUUGCCGGCGAAGGCUCCGGCAUGGCUUUCAAUAAGCUUACCGAUAACGGAUCGUCCACACCCUCCGGCCUAGUUGCGGCGGCGUUGGCGCAUGCUUUCGCACUUUUCGUAGCGGUGUCAGUCGGCGCAAACAUCUCCGGCGGCCACGUCAAUCCGGCGGUGACCUUCGGCGCAUUCCUUGGCGGGAACAUUUCUCUCUUCAGGGGAAUUUUGUAUUGGAUUGCGCAAUUGCUCGGAUCAGUCGUUGCUUGCCUGCUUCUUAAGUUCUCCACCGGAGGAUUGACAACCUCAGCUUUUGCUCUAUCAUCCGGCGUAGGCGUCUGGAACGCAGUGGUGUUCGAGAUCGUGAUGACAUUUGGCCUUGUCUACACCGUCUACGCCACAGCUCUGGACCCAAAGAAGGGGAGUCUAGGGACCAUUGCGCCGAUCGCCAUCGGUUUCAUCGUUGGUGCUAACAUCCUAGCCGGUGGUGCAUUUGAUGGUGCAUCGAUGAACCCAGCUGUCUCCUUUGGCCCAGCUGUGGUUAGCUGGACAUGGACCCACCAAUGGGUCUACUGGGUGGGCCCACUUAUCGGCGCUGCGAUCGCUGCCCUCAUCUAUGAUUUAAUCCUUAUAGGAGAGAGCACCCAUGAGCAGCUCCCCACCACUGAUUACUAGGUGGGCCAUCAUCUAUCAAGGAAUGUGGGGUUGCAUGUUCUUUUCUCUUUAGUGGGCGCAUUUGCAUGUGAGCUGUUUUUUACUCUUCGUUUCUAUGCAUUUGGUAUGAGUGUUUGGUUGCAUGUUGUUUUAGCUGUAGUUGGGAUGAAGAGAUGUUUGGCUUUGUUGAAUCUGUGAAUUUUACUGUUUUUGGCAAUUGUAACAAAGUCAGUGUACCUCUCUCUAAAAAAUGUGGGUUGGAUGAGUCUUUAUUUAUUUAUGUGUUUUGCGACUAUUUCAUUUU